ACUGUCUAGGCUCUCACUUCACCUGGCUGCAGGCCGUCUUCACCAACUUUCCUCUGCUGCUCCAGUUUGUGAACAGUAUGAGGUGUGUGGCUGGCCUCUGCCCCAGGGACUUCGAAGACUACGGCUGUGCCUGCAGGUUUGACAUGGAAGGGCUGCCUGUGGAUGAGUCUGACAGCUGCUGCUUCCAGCAUCGUAGAUGCUAUGAGGAGGCUGUUGAGAUGGACUGUCUCCAGGACCCUGCCAAGCUCAGCGCAGAUGUGGAUUGCAUCAACAAACAGAUCAUGUGUGAGUCCGAGGAUCCUUGUGAGCGCCUACUGUGUACCUGUGACAAGGUUGCUGUUGAGUGCUUGGCUCAGUCUAGUGUCAACUCUUCACUGAAUUUUCUGGAUGCUUCCUUCUGCCUGGCUCAAACUCCAGAGACAACCAGCGUCAAAGCCCCAGCGACACUGCUACCUAGAGGGGUUCCUGAAAUUCCCACCCACACCCAUCAGACAGCCCUCUCAGGAGAAGUGGCUGGUGAGAUGAGAGCAGACAGACUGACAACACUAUCCAGGACAGGGUCUGCAGAGAUUGCUGCCAGAGCUGAAGGUGCAAUGCAUGUCCCUGGGGGCCUUAAAACAUCGAGCUUGGAAGUGUCAUCUGUUGUCAAUGGUUCUCAGGAGACACCUGGAAAAGCCUGUGAAAGACUGGCCUUCCUGCGUCUGGGUGAUGGGGACAGCACACAGACCCUGCGGCAGCUUGGAGAGAUGCUCUUCUGUCUAACAUCCCGCUGCCCAGAGGAAUUUGAAUCUUAUGGCUGCUACUGUGGAAGAGAAGGAAGAGGCGAGCCAAGGGAUACCCUGGACAGGUGCUGUUUGUCCCAUCACUGCUGUUUGGAGCAGGUGAGACCACUGGGCUGCCUGCGUAGGAGUCGUUCUCGGUCAUCUGUGGUAUGUGAGGACCACACGCCCAAGUGUGUGGGGCAGAGCCUAUGUGAGAAGCUCCUGUGUGCCUGUGACCAGAUGGCAGCCGAGUGUAUGGCCUCUGCCUCCUUUAAUCAGAGCCUUAAGUCACCAGAUCUACCGGAGUGCCGGGGCAAGCCUGUAUCCUGUGAGGAUGGCGUGCUUGGUGGAGACUUGGCAUCUUCUGAGGCCUCCAGUUCUGAGGAGAAUAGUGAGGAGGCCACACCCCAGAUGGAGCGUGUACGCAGAUUUCUGGAGAAGUCUCCUGGUCCCUUGGGGACAAGGCCACUUGGUGGAAGAUAAGAUGCUGCAUGCCAGGCGUUCUGAGAUGCAUGAGUUCUCUGGCCCAUGGUCCUCUGUCCAUUGGAGCCUUAGCAGAAGCUCUGAGGGAGCAGACAGCCAG